GGGGCUGCCUUCCUCCCGCCCAUCCCCCACAGUAACCGUCACAGGAAGUGGCCUCACUGAGCCCGCGAGCGCGGAGCCUGGGGAGGCGACAGCUGGGGGCACAAGCCGGGCGCCUCGCCGAGGGCACGGCCUGCCUCCAGGCCAGGGCCCGGCCCGGAGCUGAGCUGGAGUGUCGGGGUCGCCGCGCCCACAGGGUUUGAGUGGGCAGGGGCAGACACAGCAGGAUGCCUGUCUGCCCUCCCCGCCCCGCCGUGCCCUGCCCGCCCUCGGGGCCAUCAGCAGCGUCGGCGCCCCUGCCCACCCAGCGUGUGACCCCCCGGGUGCCCUCCUGCUUGCCCUCCCGGGGCCGCCCUCCCAGACCUCCGUAUCCAACGACCUGGGGCCUCGGGGCUCCUCCCCGCCCCUCAGAGAUGCCUGGACAUCGCUGGAGGUGCAGACACAGCUGGGGGAGCCAGGCACCAGCAGAAGCCUCAGAGAAGACAGGGCCCUGCAACAGCCCCCAGCCUGGCAUGGGCCCUGUCCAGGGUGGACUCUGCCCAUCCAGGAUGCGGGGUGUAGGCAAAGGCCUGGAGGCUGUGGGAGUGACUCCCGUCCUGAGCCUCCCCAGCUCCUGCUGUGGACCUGGCCCGACAGUGGCUCUCAGGCCACUCUCUCUACCUGCCAACGUGCGUCAGAGCUGCGUGGGGGCACAGGGAGCCAGGAGGCCCCUGCUGAGCCCUGCUGAGACCGGGGUCCCUGCUCCUCCCUGCUUCUCAGGAGCCCUCUCCCCGGGGGCCGAGGAGCACCCCUCCCCCAUCGAUCAGAGGGCGGGACCAGCGGUGCUCUGAGCUGUAGGCUGGAGAAGUGGCCCCAGGAAGGCCAGGGGCACCAGGGCUGAGGUCUCCGAGCCCCAUCCCAGCAGAGCCCCACCCCCUUCCUCCAGCCGCUCCCCAGGUCCAGGGCUGGGAGCCCCAAGGUCGGGAGUAU